AUGGUUGGUUGUCACAACACCCCGUCUACGGGCACACCACCAACGACAGCCCCGUUCAAUCGAUCCGCCAGCCUCCAGGAGCAGGUGGCGCGUGCACUCCAAGCCAACUUCUUACUCCUCCACCAACCCGCGCCGAACGCCUUCAUCGUCCUCGAUCCGAGCCCCGUCAAUGCCUGCCAAUGGGACACCUCCACGGCAGCACCCCCCGCCACCGGCAAACGCCACAGGUUCCGCGUCACCCUGGGUGGCCACUCUCCCGGGUGUACGUGCUCCGAGCAGCCACUCAUUUGUCCAGCCUCCACCCGGUCUCCCUGUGCCCACACCCUCUUCGUCCUCUUGAGAGUGCUUCGCCUGAAGCUGGAAGAUCCAAGGAUCGCUCGACCGCGGUUAGAGAACUAUGAGGUGCGUUCCGAUCCCGCUCCUAACCACUUUGGAUUCUUGUACGGUUAUGUGGAGGCCGGGGUGGCGGUGUCCGAGACCAUCCGCUACCUCAGUCUUCCCUCCCAUGCCUAA